AUGGGGGCAGUGGGGGUGCGGGAGACUUCUCGCAAAGAAAGAAAACAUAGAGGUGGAGGGAAAUUUGAAUUCAUCGGAGAAAAGAGGUGCGUCUGCGGUCUCUGUUACGAGUGCAAGGGCGUCGAGAGUGGCUGUACAAAGGCAACAGAGACAGUUGAAAUGCGACAGGUCGAAGAUCGCGGUGAAACCUCUACAAGAACUACAUUCUUUGCCACCCCAGUGACGAAGAUGACAACAGGAGCAACUCGUCUCUGCUGCCGGCUUUCGGAAAAGGCUUGGAAAAGUCCUCUGGUGUGCCCCCGGGGGGGUCGAUCCGACGCUCGACUUGCCACUGGAGUUGCCGCCGUCUCGUCCAGACAACAUCGUCCCUCCCCCCUUCGCACGACUUAGACGUGAGAUUUCUCUUUCCCAACUUCUUUCCGUGGCGAGGAAACGGCGACUCUGUCGACGGCUUGUUUCUCUCGUGUUUUUCCAUCCUUUCCCGCCGUAAAAAGCGCCUUGCCCUGCCGUCGUUUUGCCCCCGUGAGCUGCUGUCUGCGUUCUCGUGUUUUUUGCCGCCUCUCCACACUGCUGUGCCGAUAGUCGCCGUUUCUCCACCUGGUUUCUGCGCUCUCUUCUCUUCGCCAUUUCUGCGUCCUUGCGCGUUUCCCCGUUUCCUUUCCAUA